AUGAUGCGCCGGCACACACAGUUCCAGACCGGUCACAAACCUCACGGCCACCAUGGCUUUAAACUAGACGAGACCCAUGUCACAGGCCCAGUACCCUUUCUAAAUCCCACCUCGGCACGCUACGAACCAACCCAGCACCCAGAAGACACUCGUGCUCCCCCACAAGUUGAGCGUCUAUGGCGAUCCCGCGACAACAGAAAAGGCCGACAUGCCAUUCGCAUCGAUACGAAGACCUUGCCCCAUGAAACGGGGCUUAUAGUACCACCAGUGACGCAGUCCAUCCCAGCAAUAGCUAAGAUCUUUCUCCGGAUGGCGACCUACGCCCCUUAUUGGGAUGUAUCAUAUCUAGUCGCCAUGAACUUCACUAUCGGGUCCGCAAUCUUCAUCGCCAAUGGGUUCUUCGUAUGGUUACCGCUGGUAGACAAAAAGACCGAGUUUCACGGUGAAAUUACCGUUGCCGGUGGUUGGACGGGGUUCGUCGGCGCGACCAUCUUUGAGCUUGGGGGUGUUUUACUGGUUCUUGAAGCUUUUAAUACCAAUCAUACUGGAUGUUUUGGCUGGGCUCUUGAGACUGUCCUCGAGAAGACUAUCGAGGAUGGGGUUCCUCAAUAUGCGAUGAACGAGAUCAGGCCGACGGCUUCAAGGUGCGAGCAUCAUCACGCGAAUCGGAAAUCAUUUCUCGGGGAGAAGCACUAUCAUGUCAAUGACAAUGCCCACUCUCAGAGAGAUGACUCUGGCUACGUUACUUCAUCGACAGAUGGGAGGUCGUUCCGAUGGAUUCCGUCGACGUCGGAAUUACGCAGGCAUUAUUUUCAUGAAAUUGGCUUUAUAGCUUCUUUUAUCUUAUUUGUGAGCGCGACGAUCUUCUGGAUUGGUGCAAUUGUUGGUAUUCCUGGUAUCUUUAAACACAUGAGUCAGGGACUGACUGAUGGCCUCUACUGGGGUACUACCACUCUUGGUGGGGUGGGAUUCACUCUGAGUUCAUUACUUUACAUGCUUGAGACGCAGUCAAAGUGGUAUAUUCCUUCUUGGCAUGUUCUGGGCUGGCAUAUUGGCCUCUGGAAUUUAAUUGGCAGUGUUGGAUUUACUCUUUGUGGUGCGCUGGGCCCGGCGAGUAGUAACUCUGGCGUGAAUUAUCAGUCGUCACUCGCUACAUUUUGGGGCUCAGUGGCUUUCAUGAUAGGAUCUAUGAUCCAGUGGUAUGAGAGUUUGCAGAAGCAUCCUGUUGAGAAGAAGUGA